CCGCGCUCCAGCAAUUCCGGCAUUACCGCCAGAUCUUUCAGGACUCUGGGGUUCGGCCAACUGGCUUCUCGCUGCCUCGGAUGCACGCUUUGGAUCACUACAUACGACACAUCCAACAGUUUGGUGCUCCGAAUGGCCUGUGCUCGUCUAUGACCGAGGCGAAGCAUAUCAAAGCUGUCAAGGAACCGUGGCGUCGGUCAAACCGUUUUAGACCACUCGGGCAAAUGUUGCUGACAAACCAGCGGCUAGACAAGCUCGCUGGAAUGCGCAGAGACUUCGAGCGUCGUGGGAUGCUCGAGGGUGACUCGUUAGUAGCCGCACUUGCUGAGCUCAUGCAAGAGGAUGAGGACGAGCAACCACCACUGGUUGACGCUGAUGGUGCACGCGCUGAUGAACUUGAAGCCGACGAAGAUGUUGAUGAAGCCGACGAAGGUGCUGAUGAAGCCGACGAAGACGAAGGAGACGAAGAUGAAGAUGAUGGCGCAGUUAAUGGGCCACAGGUACAUGGAUUUGUAUCGCUCGCACGGCGUCGAGUUUGUGGCUUGCCGAAUACCCUUCGUGCGCUCAGUGAGCAGAUCGGACGUCCCGAGCUGCCAACCUUACUGCGCCAAUUUCUCUAUGAUCAACAAAACCCAGAUUCUGAAGCUGCUGGAGACGAGAUCCCAAUCCGCGAGUGUCCAGUCGUCAACAGUCGAUCAAGAGUCCACGUCUUCCCAUCGGCCGUGGCGACGUUCUACGCGCCGAGCGAUGAUUCUGGAAUUGGUGGCAUGCGGCGCGAACGCAUCCGGACCGUAUCGAGUUGGCGCAAAGGCCCACCGCGCUAUGAUUGUGUCUUCGUGGGCACAGAUCCUUCGCAGCAAGGAAUGCGGAGCAUGCACGCUGCCCGCGUUCGCCUCCUCUUCUCGUUUCGGCAUGACGAUGACGUAACCUAUCCCUGUGCCCUUGUCGAAUGGUUCGAACGUGCGGAUGACGAGCCUGAUCGCUGCACAGGUAUGUGGAUAGUCGAGCCUGAUCUUUGUGCAGACAAUUCCCGCUAUAUGUCUGUCAUUCACUUGGAUUCAGUUCUUCGACUCGCACAUCUUAUCCCUGUCUACGGCGAAGAUUUCCUCCCACCUGACUUCGACUACCAAUAUUCCUUAGAUGCUUUCCGGUCCUUCUUCGUCAGUAAAUUUGCCGAUCAUAAUGCUCACGAGAUAGCAUUUUAACUUCAACUUGGAUUCGGACGUUACAUGUAUUCCCUUACUCCUGAUGUCUAUCCUUAUUUGCGACGCAUACUUGAUAUGCGCUUCAUACACGCUUACGCCUUAAUGCUGC